AAUCAAUUACAAAAGCACAUAAGAGUGUGUUUUACCUUCGCCAUCACCAAAGAAAAAACGAAAACAGAAACAAUGGCAUUCACAACAACCACACCUCAAAACCUCACCACCUUCACCACCUCCUCACACAAACCCAAACUUCCAUUCUCUCCCUCUCACUCCCUCACAUUCCCCACUCACCCAAACCAAACCCUAACUUCACGCGCCAUCUCCACCGCCAUUUCCACCUCCACGCGCAUCCACUCUCUCUUCACACCACGCGCCACCUCAUCCCCUUCUUCCUCCACCACCGCCGCAGAAACAACCUUCCACGGCCUCUGCUACGUCGUCGGCGACAACAUCGACACCGACCAAAUCAUCCCCGCUGAGUACCUCACUCUCGUCCCGUCAAAACCCGACGAGUACGAGAAGCUGGGAACCUACGCGCUCAUCGGCCUCCCGUCCUCCUACGCCACGCGUUUCAUCGAGCCCGGCGAGUCGAAAACCAAGUACACAGUCGUCAUCGCCGGCGCCAACUUCGGCUGCGGAUCAUCACGUGAACACGCGCCAGUUGCGCUUGGCGCGUCGGGUGCAGCGGCCGUGGUUGCGGAGUCAUACGCGAGGAUAUUCUUCCGGAACUCAGUGGCGACCGGAGAAGUUUACCCGCUGGAAUCGGAGGGGAGGUUGUGCGAGGAGUGUAGGACUGGUGAUGUUGUUACGAUUGAGAUGAAGGAGAGUAAGCUGAUCAAUCAUACCACUGGAAAGGAGUAUGCGCUGAAGUCAAUCGGAGAUGCCGGCCCUGUUAUCGAGGCCGGCGGGAUCUUCGCUUAUGCGAGGAAGACCGGCAUGAUUCCGUCUCAUUGAGAGGUGGUUAGCUGUUGUGAUUUGGUACCUUUGCAGCUUUACUAGCUGAGUAUGAGUUUAUAUCUAGAUAGCCAGAAUCUUUUCUCUCAAAAUUAAGUUUAAGAACAAUGUGGUAUGAGUAAGAACAUUGCUAGGUAGAUAGGUAAUGCAUUUUGAAUCCAGAACAUUGCUUAUCACCAAAAAGAAUAAGGACAUUGCUAGGUUGCUUGAAUUCAAUUUAAUUGUUAAGAUGGUGUAGAAUGAUUACUAGCUUUGGAUUGGAAAGUGGAUUCUACCACUAUACUAUAUUCAUUUAAUCAUCAUCGUGAUCCUGUGAAAUAUUCUGGUUAAAAUACUACGGCUUUUGUAGCAUUGUUGUUAGAAUAGACAUAAGAACUACAAAGGUUGUGUUUGGAAGGGUUGAGGUAUUGAAGUGUGUUGGGUGUGUCAUCAAGAAUUACAAAUGUCUGUUUGUGAAUAAUUGCUCUGAAGCUGUUUAUGGUGCAAGGACAAGGCUUGCACCACUUGGAUCUCAAUUUGCAUGACUACGUUACAUGCCACACAUUCUUUAGUUUAUAAUAAAAUUGAUAGUUUCAAAUAGGAUUCAGAAUUGGCCAAUUGGGCAGAAUUGGAAGACAGAGAGUUUAGGGUUAAAUUAGUCUUAUUGUGGUUUGUUUUGGAAGGGUUGUGAUGGAAAAGAAGGAUAUAGAAAGCAUGGAGGUUGAAAUGGUUAACUUUACCCUUAUUUUGGAUUUUACAAUGUACAAGGGGACUGAAGGGUUCAUGGACUCUCCAUUCUAGAGAAAUUGUGAAAAAUCAACUGAAGGAUUUUUGAGGAUUUAUGAAAAAAAAAAAAAAACUGAUUUCCUUGCUCUUAAGGACAAUAACGGCUAAGUACUAAUCUGAAUAAGAAUUUGUAAUUGUUGGAAUUUAGGUUUUCAGCCACUAGUUUGUAUGAUUUUCAGUUUUUCAGAUUAGGUCUUAAAAAAGAAAGGAAAAAAUAUUAAUAAACCCCUGAAAAUGAGGGUAAUUCACUAAUUUGGUUAUUUGAGGUUCUUUUUGUUCAAUCUUAAAACGUCAGUGCGUUAAUUUUGCACAUGACCUAUAGUUUUAAAUGUCAGACUUAAAGUUCACAUGA